CACGCGGGUCGGAGGUCACCGGCCACCACCACCACCAACCCACCGGGCGUGAUUUGUGGUUUAUUUUUGAUGUCGCCUUUGGACCGCGUCGUCGUUACGAAGAAUCGAUUCGUCCAUCAACGCAAAUCCCUUCGUCAAUCACGGGCGAUGAUUUCCGCGCGCGGUGCGCCACCGAGCGCGGGCGAGCGACGCCGCGGCUGUUGAUCGAGCGGGAGGCGACGGGGCCGCGAUGUCAGCGGGCGGCGGCCCAGGGAUCCGGGCCGAGGCUGAGAUUGGUCCCGAACUUGGACCAGGGGCCGGGCCAGGGGCCGGUUCGAGAUCAGAAUCUGUACCUGGAUCUCGACCAGGGUCUGGCUUAGGCUUAGAACUUGGAUCAGUGGCAGCUCCUGGGUCUGAAGCUGGCUUUGGGUCGGUCCCUGCGUCUGAGUCCGGCUUUGGGUCUGGUUCUUUAUAUUGGAUUGAGUCUGAGCCUGCGUCGGUAUUUGGACCGCGGGAUGGGUCCGUGCCAUUGUUUGAGUCUGACCCGAGACCGGAUUCUGUCUUAGGGUCUGGCUCCGAAACAAGUUUAGCCGGAUCUGGGUCUCGGUCAGGAUCAGCAACAGAGUCUGGGCCAGUAUCUGAGCCAGAGUCAGGCAUGGAACCCGCACAAGGGCUGCGUGCAGACGUGAUGGGGACGCCCAUGGAGCAAGAGGAGGACAUGGUGACAGACGCCGUGGUGUUCUGUGCGCCCUGUAAGCCACCACCAGCACACAACUCGGAGCACCAGCGACAGAGCAGUGAGUGGGAGAAUCUGACUGGCUACCUACAGAAGUACACCAACCUGGUGACUGGUUGGCAGUUCAGAUAUUUCGUGCUGGUUGGAGCUGAGGGGCGUCUGGAGUACCACGUGCAUGAGCAUAGUGCACAGGGAGGCCAGAAACCACGGGGCACCAUUGCUCUGGCGGGCGCUGUGACCUCUCCCAGCGAGGAGGAACCCUAUGCCUUCACGAUCAUCACCUUGACUGGGGAGCAGUACCGCCUGAGGGCCAAGGACGCGCGGGAAAGACAGCACUGGGUGAGCCGCCUACAGGGGUGUGUGCAGCACCACACUGAUUGCAUCGGCAUGAUGAAUCCUGUGUUGGGUCAUGAACUCUACCUCUCGGGGGUCAAGAGGUCAGCACUAUCUCCUGGGGCCUUACUGCGAAGGCCAUAUGGGACAAGGGAGGAUGCUAUUGAAGAUAAAAGACACUCGUAUCCAGGCAGCAAGACUUUACUACAUGGAAACAACUGGCUGUCCGAUGCGCAGUGGAUGCUGGUGCGCGCCUAUGAGGAGCAGCGUGCCCUGGCAUUGACCAUGGAAGCUCUGCCACGCUCACACGCUCGCAUCACACCGCUGGAUCCUGACCUCCUUCUGCUCAAAGCAUCGGCCGUCUCAGCCCUUGGCUGCCUGCACGCCUGUCUGCACCUGCUGCAAAUGCAGCGUAGUGCGGCGCGCACCCACCGAGGGCGGGCCAGGGUCGGUGGGGGCGGCAGAGGCAGUGACGGUGGCGGGAGUUCUCCAGGUCAGCAGCACAGUGUGGCCAUGGCAGACCCUGCGGGGAGAGUCCACUCAUUGCAACCUGUCGUGGUAGCUCCUGUGCCACCGUGCGAUUCUGUGAACCCCGGGAACAUGUGCUCUCAUGCCCCAGACGGCACAUCGGAUACUUUUCAUCGUGAGUCGGAGCCAGCUCCACCACCUUCUUCGGUCUCGAUCUCAGCACAGCAGAGGUUGAGCACCGGAGCUCGUCGGAGAGGCAGACUCACUGGGCGAUGUGCCGUACGUUUGUGCACAGAACCGGCACCCGAGUCAACGUCGUGCCGUCCGACCGCCGUGCGUAAUAAUGGAGUGGGGUGGAACGGACCACAUUGGGGUGGCGAACAAGAGAACUGCGACGAGGAUGAGCUGACCGACGAGGGCGAACUUGAUGAGCUGGAUCUGCCUCCGCCCCAAGGGGAGGAGCACUGCAGCAUCAUUUUGCACAUGCUGUCUCAGCUCAAGCUCGGCAUGGACCUUACUAAGGUGGUGUUGCCCACCUUCAUCCUGGAGUGUCGCUCGCUGCUGGAGAUGUUUUCCGACUUCAUGGCGCACACGGAUGCAUUCCUGGCUGUGGCGUGGGGCCAAACUGCCGAGGAGCGCAUGUAUCUACUCCUGCAGUACUACCUGUCCUCCUUCCGUGAGGGCCGCAAGGGCGCCGUUGCCAAGAAACCCUACAACCCCAUCAUCGGCGAAGUUUUCCGCUGCUCUUGGCUCGUGCCGCGUACUUUGGUGAUGGAGAAAAGCUGUAAGGAAGUCAGUCCUGGGUCUAUGAAGAACUCACCUGGGUGUGGAACGGAGUCUGACUUUAGUUCAGGGGAGAAGCCCGAGCCGAGGUCAAGUGUGGCAUACCGCAGGAGGCGGGCGGGAGGAGAGGAUGCCGGUGAAGACGGGUGUUACCGUGUUUGGUUCGUGGCAGAGCAGGUGUCUCACCACCCACCUGUAUCGGCCUUUUAUGUGGAGUGCGCGGAGCUGGGAAUGUGCCUCAACGUACACCUGUGGACCAAGAGCAAGUUCCUAGGCAUGUCUGUGGGCGUCUCCAUGGUCGGGGAAGGGAGGUUGUGGCUGCAGGAGCAUGGCGAGGAGUACGUAUUCACGCUGCCGAGCGGAUACGCUCGCUCCAUUCUCACCGUACCCUGGGUGGAGCUGGGAGGAAAAGUGUCCAUUACCUGUGCCCGCACUUGCCUCGCUGCUUCCGUAACUUUCCACACCAAGCCCUUCUAUGGCGGCAAACUGCACAGGGUGACUGGCGAGGUGCGACACGUUGAGAAGGGGGCUGUACUCGCACGUGCUCAAGGCGAGUGGAACGGCCUGCUGGAGUUCACCGCCACCUCUGGGGAGACGGUCAUCAUGGACACGACCACAAUGCUCAUUAUCCCCAAACAUGUGCAGCCCAUCGAACGCCAGGAGCUCAUGCACUCCCGGCGGCUGUGGCAGCAGGUGACGUCAGCUCUGCGUGCCGGUGACAUCGCGUCCGCAACGGAGCAUAAGCACAAGCUGGAGGAGUGGCAGCGUGCUGAGGAGAGGGCACGUGUGCAGGCUGGCACAGAGCACGUGCCUAAGUAUUUCCUCCGUGAAGGAGAAGGUUGGGUGUACCGUCAUCCUUUGUGGAGGAAUUCCUGAGUGACCUCGCAGCAAGGAAUCCCCUUCCCCGUACCGAUUGCACGUCUUAGGAGGUGCUCUCAGACUUGUAUCCGGCUUAAGGAGUUGGACUUAAAUCUCCCAAUGGCAGAGCUGAAGCCCUCUCUCAAACCACCUUGAUCCAUACGUCCAUUUGCUCGCGCUACAGCACUGUGUUUGUUUACUUGAAAGACAUUGUAUUUAUUUAUAUUUAUUUGAGUUGCCACAUUUGAAAUUGACUGCUGUGAGAGCGUACACUCUCUGGUGAGACGUUUUUCGAAAAUGAUGGAUGUUAUCAAAAUGUAACUGCGAAGUUAAGCUAUCAAGGAGGUAUUAUUUUCAAAGAUACUUUACAAAAGUGUUAAAAGAAAUGUAAAAAUUAAGUUUAACACGUAGACUUUCGCGACCAGUAUUAUUAAUAAUAAAGGUUUUUGGGUUAGAUCGCGUUAUUAUAAAUGUGUCGCAACCCUCCACCACCCGACACGGCCAAUCAGUAAAAAAUGUGUCACGUUAACAAAACGCCAAUUAGUUACUUCUUCAGCCCACCGGUGUGUUUGAAGAGUGAAUCCACAACAUUUAGAAUUUGAGCACCAUGACGUUUUGCUGGUAAUCACAUCCAGCAUCUUCGGGCGAUUUGCCAGAAGAGUGAAGCCAUCCACCUGCUUCCAGUCUUAAAUAGUGCAGCAGGAUGACGUCAUCGUUGUUGAACCCCAUCAGGUUUCGAGAUCAGAGGUGGAUGUGGGGGGAUAUUGUAAUUAUUUAAUAGAUUAGUAAUCAGUUAAUUAGUUUGUGAUUCCUCUAUAAGGAAUUGUAAUAUGUUUUGUGUAUUACUUAAUAAUACGCUUCCAGGCUGAGCAAAGUCUUUAGCUAUUGGAGAGGUUACAAUUAUUUGUAUUUUUCGCAAUUUCGAUGGAUUCUCUAAUUAGUCUUGGCCAGUUAUAAUUAGUAAAUGCUAUAUUGGACAGACGGGACGUAAUAUUAGCGUAAGACUAAAAUAACACCAAAGGAACAUUAAAUUAUCUAAAACACAGCUGUCAGCAGUGGCAGAACAUGUGUGCUAACAAGGACACUCAAUUGAUUUUUAUACCGUUUAAGUGUUAUGCAAAACUAAUUAUUACUGGUCAAGACUAAUUAGAUGAAUGAGAAUAUUUUAUCGAAAUUGAGAAGAAUACCGGAAGCAGGUGGAUGGCUUCACUCUUCUGGCAAAUCGCCCGAAGAUGCUGGAUGUGAUUACCAGCGACACGUCACGGUGCUUAAAUUCUAAAUGUUGUGGAUUCACUCCUCAAACACACCGGUGGGCUGAAGAAGUAACUAAUUGGCGUUUUGUUAAUGUGAAACAUUGUUUACUGAUUGGCCGUGUCGGGUGGUGGAGGGUUGCAACACAUUUAUAAUAACGCGAUGUAAUCCCAAAGACCUUUACAGUACUAGGAAAAAUUAAGUUGCAAAAACAAUCUCUCAUAAAUAUUUCCGUAUUGUGUUGUUUGUCGGCAUUUAAAAUAUCAAAAAAUAAGUAGACACUAUUUUGUGUACACACACUAUCUUGAGCCAUCGAAGAAAAACAUUCAAUUGAAUAAAAUCCAGAGAUGAGAUUAAUGCCUAACCCGCACCUCCGAUUAGCACGGUUGGCUACGUAUCUUGCGAAAGAAGUUCAAAAUACGUAGAUACGUAAUGCCAUUUUAGAUAUGUUGCGACUUCACUCGGGUUAGGCAAAUUAAAAACCGCGUCGACACAUUUUCAAAUUUGAACUGAACCAUCGGUCAUGAAUGCACCGUGCAGCCGCACAAUCGGAAAAUUGCCGACAUACGAAAAGGCGACACUCGCUUACCUUCUUAAGCAGUCUCAUCCCUAAAAAAGAACCCAUCAAGAUGAAUGAGAAUAUGCAACUGCAUGUUUGGCCAUGCCAGAGAGAGUGGGAAUUUCACGUCUUUCAUCUUCGUGGCGAACGGACAACAUUAAGUGUUAAAAAAAAAAUGUUUACGCCUUUACGUAUAAACUUAGUUUUUUGUGUGUGUGUGUGACAACAGUCGCCUGCUUUUCGUGCUCACAAACGUGUUUCAGUAUUACACAGUGCCAUGUCCACUCGCACAUGGUAGGUACCAUGGGGUUAAGGGUCCUGUUGACAAUAUGCAAUCAUAUACUCGUGUCAGGGUGUUUGAUUGCAAUAUUUUAUAUUCUAUAUUCUGGCAAGGCGCCUUGAUACAUUAGUGGAAGGCGCCAUACAAAUACAUGUAAAUUAUUAUUAUCUCACGAAUGAAGUUAAUGCUCUGCGAUUACUGAUCUAAGCAAUUAUGCUAGAAUAUGCCAACGUGUCAAAGGUGCUGUAAAAUCAAUAAAAUGUAUGCUUUCACAUGUACUUUGAACCUCUUCACACAAUAAAACAACGUCUUAUCAUCACA